AUGAGCUUUACUCAACCCACUGUUUCGAUAUAUGAUAUUUUAGAGGCACUAUCCAGCCAGCAAGAUCGGAGCAAUGCCAGAAGACGCCCACACCACAGCAACUACGUGCGCCCAAGAACACGUGGUGCUUACGGUAAUCCAUAUGUGCAAUCGCCAUACUACUACGCCGAAAGACCACAGACUACCUAUUACCGUCCUCGCUACUACGACGAAAACGAGUACGAAAGUCCGUAUGUUGUGGGAGGUCGCGGCGGCUACGGACCCCAACCAGAUGUACUACCCGCUAUACUAAGGGCUUUCAUGGCCCAGCAGUCCUCCGAACACAACGAACCGGAAGAGGCAGAGCUGCCUGACCAACUGGAACAAGAUCAGGAGGCUGCAGAAGUCCCACAGAUCGCUGCUCAGCCUCUGGCGCAGGCGCUCGCAGACGAGGUUCUGGAACAGGCAGAGGCGGAAUCUGCGGAGGAGAAUGGCGCCGAAGUUGCGGGCGAGGCAACGGACGCUGAGCAGAAACAAGCACCACGCUCAGGCGCCUCCUCGCCAAUCCCAGAACCUCUACAGGUCUCAAAGCCUCAGGUGCGCCUAGACUUGCCCUUCUCGCCCGAGGUUAACGUUUACGACACUCCAGAAGCCUACGUUGUUGUCCUCGCGCUUCCAGGUGCUAACUCGAAGUCUUUCAAAAUCGACUACCACCCAUCAUCGCACGAGCUGCUCAUCAAGGGCAGCCUGGACAGAAAAAUCGACGUCAAUGACAAGUUUUUGCGUAUUUCUGAGUUGAAGGGUGGAAAGUUUGAGAGGUCAGUCAAAUUCCCCGUCGUUCCUAGAAUUAAAGAUGAAGAAAUAAAAGCAACUUACGCCAACGGUUUGCUACAAAUCAAAACCCCCAAGAUUCUCGACGAAAGCAGCCAGCACCAACCUAGGAGAAGAAUUGUGAUAGAGGACGUUCCAGAUGAAGAACUUGUUUUCGAAGAGAACCCUAACCCACCAACUUCCAUCUAA